CCAUGUACAAUGGAUGAUCUGGCCACCUCUCCGUGACGUCACGAUCCUUUUUCGUCCAUUCACUUUCGUUUGUGUUAACGAGUAGGCCCUCCUAUAACUUCUCGAUAGACUAGUACCCCACAUUUACAAUCAACAUUUCGUUGGGGUAAGGAGUACUUGCAAAGUAUCCUCCCGAAUCAGUUUCAUCCUUACUUCAGGAUCUUUAACUUAGUUGAUAAACAUCUUCUCUACGCAUAUAGAUAUUCUUAUUUGAAGUUGUCUUCAGUGAUGAAACUCUUGUUUUAUUUACUUUGACCAACAAUUCCUUGGACUUCGUUUAAAUCCGCGAUUUUGCUUUUUAAAGGAUAGGACUCGAAACUUUGUGUUCAAGAUGCCAAAAUCGUUUUUGGUUGGACGAAAAUACCGCCAGCAAUUAUGGAAAAAUGGAAAUUGGGGAAUUGUUACACCACCUCCCCAAUACCGCCAGCAAUUACGGAAAAAUGGAAAUUGGGGAAUAGUUACACCACCUCCAAGUCCAGAACAUCUUCAAACUACUCCUCCAGUUAAAAAUGAACAAAGACAAACUUCGUUAUCAGAUCUUCCACCCAGAGCACGAUGGACUGAGACAUGGCAGAAGCAGCGGCAAAAAGCUGAAGGUGGUAGAGGAGAAGCUGAAACAACUCCACCAAUAUCUCCUUGCAAUCCUCCAUCUCCUAUUUUGCCAAUUGAAAGAUAUAACACAGAUACCAAUGAAGUUCCUGUAACCACAUUUUCUAGUAGAGUUUCAUUCAAACCUGAUAGCAGAGAUGAUUCUGCCUUGGAAGAUUCAUCAAGUUCAUCUCAUGCUCCUAUGCAACCAUCAUAUAUGGCCGUUCCUGUCAUUCAAACUAUUGCUGCACAAGAUCGUCCUUUGGAUUAUCAUGUACCUCGAACAAGUCAUCCAAAAUUUGAAAUUCGGGAUCGAAUGGAAACUGUUGUGGAACAGAACAAUAAUGCUAAUAAUAUUCAGCAAUUUAAUCACGAACGAGAUCAUCUGAAACUUUCACCAACUCAUAACACGAGACCUUGCUUGCCGAUGUCAGACUCUCAAGAUGAUUCCCAUUCUGAUAGCUACUCCAUAGGAAUGCGUCCCAGUUCUCCUGGUGAUAGUGAUAGUAAUUCUUCACGCUCUCCAGAAAGCUUGGAUGAAAGAGGAGAGAAAAUAGUGAUGUCUUCCUUAACAGUACGUCUGAGCUUAUUACAACAGCGGCUUGGACUUCCGACUGAUACUCCUAUUGAGUUCGUAAAUGGAGGACAUGGCAUUAAAAAUCCCCUUCUGCAAAGAAAUCAUAGACAUUCUGCUACUGGACAAGAAUUAACUCAAAUAACCCCUCCUUGCCAAGAAAUUCUUCCAGGAAUUUCUGAGUCUGAAGCUGGAAGGCUAAGCUGUCGAGUUUGUGGGAAAAUGUUCGGAUUGCAAAGGCUGUUGAAUAGGCAUAUGAAGUGUCAUAGUGAUAUGAAGAGGUAUUUAUGCACAUUCUGUGGCAAAGGUUUUAAUGACACAUUUGAUCUGAAGAGACACACAAGAACACAUACAGGUGUGCGCCCAUAUAAAUGCAAUAUGUGUGAGAAGUCUUUCACUCAAAGAUGUUCUUUAGAAUCCCAUACUUUGAAAGUACAUGGAAUUCAGCAUCAAUACGCAUAUAAAGAGAGAAGAGCUAAAGUAUAUGUCUGUGAAGAAUGUGGACAUACUACAACUGAACCAGAAGUUCAUUACAUGCAUUUGAAGUUAAAUCAUCCUCUUAGUCCCGCAUUGCAUAAAUUUUAUGACAAGAGACAUUUUAAAUUUUCUGAGGGUACAUUUCCAUUAGGUUUGUUAAGAGUUCACUCUUAACUCAUCUAAACUCAUUUCAUAAGGAUGGUGGGUUUUAAAUUAUAUCAUCUUUUGUGGUAUUGCCUUGAUAGAAACACACACUUGUCUGAGUUUUUAAUAUAUUUUAAGAAACCUGUUUAAGUAACAGUUUAAAUGUUUUUAACUAGCAGUUUUAAAGAUGUUUACUUCAUUGAUAACAUUAAAAACAUUUAAAAUGUUAAUUGUGAUUAUUGUUACUGCCUAGAUCAAAUUUUUAUAUUUACAAAUAUGUUAUGGUGUUGCUUUUUGUUUCUCUAGAAUAUAUCUAUACAUUAUGUAUAUAGUUUCCUUUUGGGGAGAGAGAAUCUAUGGUGAUAACUUUAUUAAUGUCCAUGUUUUAAGUAAAUAAUAUGCACCAAUUUAUUUUGUUUUAUUAGAUUUAGCAAAAAACUCAGACAAAUUGAAUGAAAUUUAAGAGAUUUUGAGGCAAUCAGCGAAUUUCCACCCGACAUUUGUCUAGUCUUAUAAAGAGAUUUUUAUGGAACUACUGAGCCUUAUUAAAGUAAAAUUUACUUAUAUAUUGCUUAAUGUGAUUUGGAAGAAACAUUUUACUAAAAUUUAUAAAUAUAUAUUUUUCUAAUGGAUUGAAUGAUUGUGUUUGAAUGAACAUUAAUUUAAAAGAAGUAGAGUAUUUUGCAUUGUUACUAAAUUUUUUCUUCAAUGAAAAAAGCCAAAACAAAAUCAAACUGUAGUUUUCCUUUUUAAGGUCUUAAUUAGUAUGUUCCUGUCCGAUGCUCAAGUGGUAGAUAUUUCUUUUUAUAUAGUAUUAUUUUCAUAUUCUCUGUAAAUAUGUAUAGAGGCGGCGUCAAGUACAAACUAACGUGCUUUCACUUGUGCGUAUCUUUGUUUUUUUUUCUUUUUUAUUUAAUUCAUUAUUAUUAAAAUGUAUUUACAUUUUUCACUUUUUGUGUUUUCAUCAUGAGAGAAUAUGAGUGUCAUAAAAAUUUAAUUUUAUAAAAUCUUUGUUUUGAAUUGUUAUGCUUAUGGUGAGCUGUUCAGAAUUAAUUAAAAGUUGGCUUAUACAUAUGUUGUUCAGAUGUAAUUAAGAUAAAAUCUUUAUGCAUUUCAAAAAAAUAUUAAAAGUGCAUAUUAAAAAAAUCAAAAGUAAACAAAUUUUCAGAGAGAAUCAAAAGUUACGUUCUGCACAUAUCUUCUUAUGCACAUUUUUUGUAUCCAAUUUGUCGAAAGUGUUGAAAAAAUAAAUAUGAAAAAUUUGCUUAUACCCAUGAGACUAUUUUGUAUGCAUUAAAUACAAUAUUUUGAGCUUUUUUUUUAACUUUAUUUAAUUCAAUUAUAAUAAAAAUUCAUCUCUAAUGUAGACUGCUUUUUUUCAACAAAAUAAAUUAAUUUUAUGACACGAUUGUUAAUACAUUUAUCACGUCAAUACCUAACAUCCCUUUUUAAAGACAGCUCUUAAAAUCUACAAUAAGCCAUAAGAAAGUUUUUAAACAUGAAUUUUCUAGUAAUUAUUAAGUAUUUGUUUUAUCAAUAUUUUAAAAAUCAAAGUUUGUAUGAGGUAAUCAAUUAUGCAGGAUUAUUUUAAAGUUGUUCAUAUGCAGACAAAAUAAAAAAGUAAUUGAAAGAAAUAUGAUGUAGUUUUUUAAAUAUAAAAAUUAUUUUUAUUGUUAAGUGGACCAGAAGAAAAAGUCCAAGUUGCUACAUGAGUUGUUAAUUAUCUUACUCGCAUUUAACAAAUAUUUCAGCUAGAGCAACUGUAUAGUUUUCGUUAAAAUAAAAUUCCCAUAGGCUUAGAUUUUUAUAGUGUUUUAUGGCAUUUUUGCAUUGCAUUUAUGAACUUACAUUAAAUUCUUGCUUUUUAAAAUGAAGCAAAUUUUUUAAGUGAGGAUUUGUUAUUUUUUAUGCCAGCUAAUUUUUGAGAAACAUUAUUGAAAGAAUGCAGUUUAAAUAAUUUGAUAAAACUCUUAAUGGAAACAAAAGCAAAGUAAAAUUUUUAGAAAUAUUUCCUGUACCACUAUCAACCUUAUGUAAAUAAAUGAACUAAUGGGAAAGAGUAACUUCAGAUUUUAUAAUGCAAAUUUUUUUUUAGUUUAGUUAAAAUAUUGCCUCCUAAAAUCUUGGCCUUUUUUUUUCUUCAUUUAUAUAAAAUUUUACAUGCCUUAAAUUCAACCUUGUAUAAUUUUAAUUUGUUUAUAAGAAAAUUAUUUUAUUUAUUUUUAUUCAAAUAUCUUCAUACUUUGCUGAAAGUCAUUUAUCAUUUACUACUAAGCUGUCUUAGCUACACACUGCCUAUAGAAUCUGUGUAUGCAGCGUGUUUAUUAAAGAGUAAAGAUUAUUUUAGUAUAUAAAUUAAUGUUCUUAAAUAUAUUUAAAUAUAAAUUUAUAUUUUUAAGUAAUUUACUGUGAUUAAAUAAUGUUCUAAAUAUAAAUGGAGUAUAUAAAUUUUAUAUAAAUGGAGAUAGAUAUAUAUACAUAUAUAUUUCUAUAUUUUUACGAAGGUAUUUGGUGCUUCCUAAUAUGAAAGAUUGUUUCAUUUAAUAAAUAUGAAUAUCAUAGAGUUUAAUAAUGAAUGUUAAAUGUCAAAUUUUUAAAUGAAAUGAUUUAUUAUUCAAAUGAAAAGCUAUUAUUGCAUAAUUAGACUUAAUAAGGAGCAUACUUUUUUAAAAAACAAUUUUAUGUUUAAAUGUCUUUUUUUGUGAUUGAGAUUAGAAUCAAAAUAUUAUCUUAAUGUCUGCACUGUACAAAUUGAUACAUGCACUGUUGUGCUUAAGCCUUGAGCUUCAAUCAAAAUCUUAUGGAAGUGAUGAUGUAGAAUAUUUGUAUAAACAUACACUUUCACAUGUGAUAUGAAUAACGUUUUUAUAUAAUAUUUACUUACAAGUAUAUGUAAGUAUAAAAUCAAACUUUAUGAUGCAUUAGUUAAAUGUCAAAAUUUAAAAUAAAUUAUUAGUUAUAGAAAAUCAAAAAUCGUUAUUGAGUAACUUAAUUUAACAAUGAGCAUAUAUAUUUUUUAAAAAUUUAUGUUUAAAUAUCUUUUUUGUGAUUGAGAUUAGAAUCAAAAUAUUAUCUUAAUGUCUGCACUGUACAAAUUAGUACAUGCACUGUUUUUAAGCCUUCAGCUUCAAUCAAAAUCCUAUCGAAGUGAAUGAUGUAGAUUAAUUGUUAAAAAAACACUUUCACAUGUGAUACGAGUGAUGUUAAUAGUAUUUACUUACUAUUAUGUAUAAUUAUAAAAUCAAACUUUUUGAUGUACGAGUUUUAUGUAAAAUACUUUAAAAGGUAAUAUUAACUUUGGUGCCUUUUUAUAGUUUUCUUUGAAAGUUUUAUUUAGUUACUUGCUUAUAAGAUCAUUAAUUUCUAUCUGUUGAACAGAUGCACAUUUUCAUAUUCUGAAAGAAGUGGGUGUACUUUGGCUGAUUUUGUAUGUAUAUAUUGUGAAGAUGAAAUAAAAACUUUGCUUCAUACAUU